GUAGUGAUUAUUCGUUUAUUAUAAGCAUUCAUAAAAAUGGGAAAACAUUGAUGAGUGAUGAGAGAAACAGAAUCACACUACUGAGUACUGACAGAAGAAAACAACAGAAAGCAAUGCCUCUGGUUCUGAAGAACAACCAUGGCAGCUCCAUAUCCUCUGCUUCAAAACUCUUCCUUGUCUUCACACUCCUCUCCCUUCUCUCCAUCCUUCUCUUCCUCACCUCCUCCUCCCCCUCCACCACUCUCACCGCCACUUCACAGCGCACUCUCUCUCUUCCAUCCACCACUUCAUUCAUCAAUGUCAUGGUCGCUGACCUCCCCAGAUCCCUCAACUACGGCCUCCUCAACAAUUAUUGGUCCCUCAGCUCCGAUUCCCGACUCGGCAGCGACGCGGAUCGCGAAAUCCGAUCGAAACAGCUUCGCGCCAAAACCCUAGACUUCCCACCGUACCCUGAGAACCCACUGAUCAAGCAGUACAGUGCCGAGUACUGGAUCAUGGGGGAUCUCAUGACGCCCUAUGAGAAUCGAUCCGGGUCCUUCGCAAGACGCGUUUUUGACGCACGUGAUGCCGACGUCAUCUUCGUCCCCUUCUUUGCCACCAUCAGCGCUGAGAUGCAACUUGGGAUUGCUAAAGGGUUGUUCAGGAAGAAGGACGUUGCCAAUGAGGAUUAUCGGAGGCAGAGGGAAGUCUUGGAUUUUCUUAAAAAAACCGAAGCUUGGAAGCGUUCUGGUGGAAGAGAUCACGUGUUUGUGCUCACCGACCCAGUUGCAAUGUGGCAUGUUAAGGAUGAAAUCGCCCCAGCUAUUCUCCUUGUGGUGGACUUUGGUGGUUGGUACAGACUUGACUCGAAGUCAUCUAAUUGUAGCUCGUCUGAAAUGAUUCAACACACCCAAGUUUCUGUAAUUAAAGAUGUUAUUGUGCCGUACACACAUCUACUUCCGAGGUUGCAGCUGUCAGAAAACCAGGAGCGCCAUAGCCUUUUGUAUUUCAAAGGAGCAAAACAUAGGCACCGGGGUGGCUUAGUUAGAGAGAAGUUAUGGGAUCUAUUGGUUAAUGAGCCUGGUGUUAUAAUAGAGGAAGGCUUCCCGAAUGCCACUGGGCGAGAGCAAUCAAUUAGGGGAAUGAGAUCAUCCGAAUUUUGCUUGCAUCCAGCUGGGGAUACACCCACUUCGUGCCGACUAUUUGAUGCCAUUCAAAGUCUUUGUAUACCUGUUAUUGUCAGCGACAACAUUGAACUCCCAUUUGAAGGCACGGUGGAUUAUACAGAAUUUUCAGUUUUCGUGGCGGUUGCCGAUGCGCUGAAACCAAGCUGGUUAGUCAAUCAUCUCAAAAGCUUUUCAAAACAACAGAAAGACAGGUUUCGCCAAAACAUGGCUCAGGUACAACCCAUUUUUGUCUAUGAUAAUGGUCAUCCAGGUGGCAUUGGACCAAUACCUUUGGAUGGUGCAGUGAAUCAUAUCUGGAAGAAAGUUCAUGAAAAGCUUCCCAUAAUUAAGGAAGCUAUAAUUCGGGAAAAAAGAAAACCUCUUGGUGUUCUUGUUCCACGUAGGUGUCAAUGUACUUGAAUUUAAGUAAUUCUUUUCUUCUUCUUUUCUUUUUAUUUUUUCCCCUCAAGGGAACAGAGAUGAGUAUAUUAGAGGUUCUAUUGUUUGCUCCAUUGAAAUUUCAAGAGCAAGAAACAGGAGGUUGGUUGUUGUCUUUGGUUACCAAUGUGAAUCUUAUAGGAGAAAAUAGCUGUCAUUAUCCAUGGGUAGUGUUACUUGGUGUUUCAUUAUUUUUUGUACUUCAUUGUCUUCUAAUCCUUACUCAUGAAUUGCUCGAGGUUGAAAUUCUCUAUUUAUUUUACACUUCAAAGUGAAAUCCUCACUUCAAGGAUCA